GAUCAACAGGGCGCUUAUAUGACACUCACCUCAGGACGUCGCGCACACCUUUUUGCUCUUCAUCACCGCCCUCUCCUGUCGUAUUGUGUCUUUUUCCACGCGGCCGCCGCAUCAACGCCGACACAACUCCCCUCAGCCCAUAUACCACGCGAGCGGGACCUGAACGAUACAGUACAUACAUAACACACAACAGCCGCAUGCCGCGCUGAGGGACAAGAGAAACACAAACGUCAAGUGAAGAAAAGAAGGAGAAAAGGGGACUGCAGAACAGACCAUGCCAGCGACAUCGCUCUACCCGCGCGGCACCGUCAAGAAGAUCGUCAAGGCGCAUGCGAAUCGCGGGCUGAGCAGGAAUGCGGAUAUCCUGAUUUUCCUGAAUUAUCUCGUUUUCAUGGAGGAACUGCUCAAGGAAUCGAGCAUCGCGUCCAAGCAAGCCGGCGAGCGGGGGAUAUCGGCGAGGAGUGUGAGGAAGGUGCGUGAGGGGUGCUUGAUGAAGUUCAAAGGUUAGGAUCGGUCAAGUGAGGGGGAGGGGAUUCGGAGUGCGGAGGUGUGAAGGGAUGCGCGUGUUUGGACAUGUUUGCUUCUGCUUGGGUAUGGAUGGAUACGGAUAUGCAUGGGUUAUGGGCGGGAUAUGGGAUGGAGUUAGGCGUUCAGUAUUGGCAUCAGGUUCGGAGGUCCAUGGGGUGGGAUGGGAUGGGAUAGGAUACGCAUAUCUGUGACGAGGGACAUCAACCGGC